AUGAACAAUAUCAUAUCCUACGGAUCAAUUGAUAAAAUUCCACUGUACAAUUGCAGUAAUCACGUAUCCGAAGAGUGGUCAGAACUUGGUGGAAGAAAAUGGCCGGUUCUUGGGCCAAUAUUGAUGGCUUAUGGUAUUACGGUCGAUGUUCUCUACCUUCCGAUCCUCUCCAUAAUGUUUGAAAAGGAACAAUUCAAAACUUCUUGCUUCAAAAUAAUGUACCUAAAAAUCUCGGCUUAACUGACUUUAUCAUCAUCUAUGUCAUCUCUAUCUUGACUGGUUGGCUUGCUCUCAAUGGAGAUGUGUAUUGCUCCCACCCAACGAUAAUUUACAUCUCCGGAAUGAUUGUGUGCGGAUUGUGGUGCAGCUCAUGUAUGACUUCUCUGUUUCUCGUAGCAAAUCGUAUAUUGGUAAUGACAAAGCUUGUUCUUGCAAAGCGACUUUUUGACGGAAGAAAAACCUACGUUAUACUCAUGUUUCCAGUAAUUUACUUUACCUACUUCUUGUUCCAAACCCCCUUCAAUUCCAAAUACAUUGCCUAGUGAUACUCGCCGAUGAUCUUUCCCGGAAGAGCUUCGGAAUACUUCAAUCGCCCAGUGACAGCUAAUAACUUUUCAGUUGUGACGCUAACUUGCAUAGUUUACACACCAUUCCGCUGGAUCAUUGGAAACAAUCUGAAAAAAUUGGCUCAAGCGCAGUCGACAAAGCUUCAGAAUACGAAAAAUCAAGUGCUUCUCCAAUCAACAUUCAUUUGCACUAUCAAUCAGUUUGGGGCAUUGAUUGCAGUUCUGAUGAAUGUAAUUGAAGUACCAAAAUGGAUGACAAUGUCGACUCACUUCAUCUGGCAAUUUGUGCAUGGAAGUCCAGUAUUUAUAUAUCUGAUUUUUAACACAACAAUUCGAAAAAGAUUUUUUCAAAAAAUCAAACUCGAUUUGCUGUUUGGGGAGAAGAAGAAGAAGGAAUCAAAAGUAUUAAAAACAGUUGUUGAAAUGGAUGUGAAAAUUUAA